CAGGUCGAUAGACAUAUUUUUAAUCUCGCUCUCCACAAGGAAACGUUUAUCCACACGUGUGCAUUUUAUUUACCGACUGUCCAACACGUGACACUUCAUCACUCUAACGCAACUCAUCUAUUAGCAUUUGCUGUAAGACGUACUUUUAAAGUUUGGACGCAGACUGUGGACUGUGUGUUUCCUCGCAGAGAACGAUGGAGAGAGCCAAUCACGUCAACAUCGCGAUGAUAGAGGACAUCGGCGCCAACGGGACGGUCAGGUCAAAGGUCAUGGCGGCCAUGGACCAGAACAAGCAGCCGCGCGGCGCCACCGUGAGCUUCCACAACAUCCAGUACAAAGUGCAGCUGAAGAGCGGCCUCCUCUGCAGAAGGAAAACCAGUCCCAGGGAAAUACUGGUCGACCUCAAUGGGAUUAUGAGACCCGGUCUCAACGCUAUUCUCGGACCUACUGGAAGUGGAAAAUCUUCGUUCUUGGAUAUUUUGGCUGCCAGAAAGGAUCCUUCAGGUCUCUCAGGAGAAGUCCUCAUCGACAGAGCGCCACAGCCUCCGAACUUCAAGUGCCUCUCUGGCUAUGUAGUCCAGGAAGACGUGGUCAUGGGCACCCUGACUGUUCGGGAGAAUCUGCGUUUCUCUGCAGCGCUGCGGCUGCCCUGCUCGGUGCCUCAGAGUGAGAAGGAGGCUCGAGUCAAUCACCUCAUUAAAGAACUGGGUCUCACCAAGGUGGCUGACUCCAAGGUGGGCACGCAGAUGACCCGGGGGAUCUCUGGAGGAGAGAGGAAGAGGACAAACAUCGGCAUGGAGCUGAUUAUUGAUCCCUCUGUUCUCUUUCUGGAUGAGCCGACCACAGGACUGGAUGCCAGCACCGCCAACUCUGUCUUGCUGUUACUGAAAAGAAUGGCCGGUCACGGAAGGACCAUAAUUAUGUCCAUCCACCAGCCUCGAUACUCGAUCUACAAACUGUUCGACACUCUGACUCUGCUGGUUAAUGGUAAAAUGGUGUACCACGGACCGGCGCCAAACGCUUUGGACUACUUCGCCAACAUUGGCUAUUCUUGCGAGCCGCACAACAACCCAGCUGAUUUCUUUCUGGAUGUCAUUAACGGAGACUUCACCGCCACAACCAUGACCAAAGUGCACGGGUCUGAAGAUUUGGAGUUCGAGGAUGUCAGCAGCUCCAGGCAGAGCAUCGAGGGGCGUCUGGUGGAGGAGUACAGGAACAGCAGCUACUCCAGUGACACAAGAGCAGAGCUGGACCGCAUCGUCCAGGAGAAGGAGUGUAUCUUGUGUCCAAAGUCCCGCACCAUCACAUACAACAGCUCCUUCUUCCACCAGCUACGUUGGGUGCUUAAACGAACCUUCCAGAACCUCAUGCUGAACCCGCAAACGUCCGUGGCCCAGCUGGGAGUCAACAUCUUCCUCGCCCUCAUCGUAGGCGCCAUUUUCUACGGGGUGAAAGACGAUCAGAGUGGCAUCCAGAACAGGAUGGGUGCCCUCUUCUUCAUCACAACCAACCAGUGUUUCAGCACUGUGUCUGCAGCUGAGCUCUUCAUCAUCGAGAGGAAACUCUUUGUGCACGAGUACAUCAGCGGCUACUACAGAGUGUCAGUCUACUUCCUCUCCAAGAUCCUGUCUGACAUCACUCUGCGCACCAUCACCUCCGUCAUCUUCAGCUGUAUCGUCUACUUUAUGAUUGGGCUCAAAUCCACAGCAGCAGCCUUUUUCCUCUUCACGCUGACGGUGACUCUGGUGGCCUACACAGCCACAGCCAUGACCAUGGCCAUCUCAGCUGACCAGAGCGUCGUGGCUCUCGCCAACAUCUUCAUGACCAUCACCUUCGUCUUCAUGAUGAUUUUCUCUGGUCUGCUGGUGAACCUGCCGAGCAUCAUGGACUGGCUGGCUUGGCUGAAGUACUUCAGCAUUCCUCGCUACGGGCUCGCCGCCUUGAAGAUCAAUGAGUUCGUGGGUUUGAAGUUCUGUGAGGAGGCCGUGAUCCGAAACACCAACAUGUCGGCUUCAAUGACCAACUGCAGUGUGAGCACGGUCGGCCUGACAUGCACAGGAGAGCAGCAUCUGGACUACCUGGGAAUAGAGUACACCACCUGGGGACUGUGGGAGAAUCAUGUGGCUUUGACCAUUAUGACAUUCAUGUUCCUCAUCAUUGCCUAUCUGAAACUCCGCUUCAUCAAGAAAUUCACUUAAAAGUGCGAUCUGUUGUUCUUUAUUUGUCUCUUCGAGGAUUCAGGCCAGUAAGUGUUUAAAUUCAAGUCAAAAAUGUCACUCUUAGUGCUUAGUAGGUAGCAAAGUUAGAUUGUAGAGCUUUUUUUUGCCAAUUUAAGCUGUCUUCUAUGCCCAAAAUGACUGUAUGAGAGAAGUGACAGUGAACUAAAAUUGUAAAGUUGCAUUAUGUAAAACCAGAACAGUUAGUUGGUCCUAAUUUGAUUUGUUGUUUAUAUGAAAAUUACUGACUAGGGCAGCUUCUAAGUACAGAUAUGAGAGUGUUGUUUUUCUCAUCUGGGUGAAUGACCACAUUUUCCCAAAUGUCCUACUAUAUCUUUGAGUGUGUAUGUGGUUUUUGAAAUACCUUGAUAUUCAGUGCAGUCAAAAUACAACCCUGAAAGUAAACUUAAGUUUAAAGACUUUUACAUGAUGGCAGUGAUAUGGAUGAAUGUGUGCUGUGUUUCUCACAGGUUUAUGUUUCAAAGUGUUUAUUUAUGAAUAUUUACAUUGUUGUACUGUUUUAAAAUCAGACUAUGCCUCUUUUCAGUGCUUUUCUAAUUCAGUAGGCAUGGUUAGCUUUUGCACAAUUUCCAGAAUGUUUCUUUUGUUUAAACUCAUCACUGAUUAUUUGUAUUGUAGAUGCUGUAGAGUUUUACCACAUAAAUACGCGUUAAUUUUUUCUGUUGUUCAAAAGAAGAUUUCGAUGCAUACAUUUAUACUCGGAUACAGUUAUUUGUGAGACCAUCCAUAAACAUUUUCAUCUAA